CACCCCUUUCAACCCUCCUCUCAUCCUCUUUAUUGUUUAUUGAAAGGUUUGUAAUGGCCGAACGAGUUGCACACCCAGGGCCUCAGGAUCGUUCAGUGUUGUUUAUGCUACCGGAUGAGCAUCGUGCCGAUCGUGUGUGGCAUGAAUCAUCAUUUCGUGACGUCAAACUGAAAUGCCAGCACUAUUCGAGAGAAGCCUACGUUGAGGAGGGUCCGCGUCAUCCUAGGGUGGUACAGUUGCUGAGAGUAUCGGGCUUUCAUGGUGUGGAGAGAAUAGGACAAUUGCAGUUAGAUUGGUCUCUUGUGACUGCGUUAGUGGAGAGGUGGAGACCCGAGGUACAUGCAUUUCAUUUGCUCUUUGGUGAGGUGGGAUUGACCUUGCAGGACGUACAAGUGUUGUUGGGGUUGCCUGUUGACGGCAUACCACUCACUGGUCCUACGAUUACUGAGAAAGCAGCGUUAUUGCAGAUGUGUGCAGAUUCUGUUGGUUUUAUACCAACAGAUGAGGAUUUAAAUUCACCCACCAUAAAAGUACCGAAUAUCCACCGCAUUCCAUUAACUGAAUGGAGCACUGAGAACGAGGUGACUCAACACACCAGAGCCCUCAUUUGGCAGUUGUUAGGCGGUUCGUUAUUUCCUACCACUAGUGGGAACAUGGCGAGCUGGUACUUCUUGGAGUUGUUGCAGGGCAACUUAGCAGAAGUGCACCGAUGGAGCUGGGGCUCAGCCGUCUUGGCCUAUCUUUAUCAUACCAUGUGUAAGGCGGCCAAGGCCAAGGCUAAACAGAUAGGAGGAUGUCUAAUUCUUUUACAAAUUUGGGCAUGGGAAAGGUUGCCGAUGUUUCGGCCCCAAGGUCAUCUCCCUUUGGAAAGUAUUUUGGAUUUCCCAUAUGCUGCUAGGUGGGCAUGUCAUCAUGAUUGGCAACAAACAAACAGAUUUUCGUUGCGGAUAUACAGGGACCAACUAGAUCGGAUCACGGAAGAUGAGUUUGAAUGGACCCCCUAUCCGUUGAUGGCCCUGCCAGACUUUUGCCAUUUUGCAGACGAUUUAUGGGGUGCGGAGGUUCCAUUGAUAUAUACGCAUAUUUCUGAGGCGUACUAUCCUGGCAGGUUUUGUCGUCAAUUCAACGCAUAUCAGAAUGAACCCAAUCCCGUGGUGGUAGGCCAUCGUCACCAUAGCACUGCAUCACGAUUUAUGGGCAAUCAUGUUGAAGAAUGGGAAUUACGCUGGAAUAAAUUAUUUCCAUUUCAGCGGUUUGACGACGGUCGAACCAUUAGUGUUGCGUAUCGCGCGUGGUACCGUAGAGUAGGAAAACGACGAGUUACUAACCCGUAUGAUGACCGUCCCACCGUGGGAUUCGUGCCUGCUCACCCACAAGCGGCUAUUGCGAUUCAAUGUUUGGGGGAGAUUAUUCGUCGAUUACGAGCCAGAGAUGACCCAGAUGAUGUCAUUACACACGCCGUAGAUUGUCUUACACGACUUGGUGCAGAAGAAGCAAUUGAUCAUGACAUCAUCACAUAUGAAGCUGGGAAUGUUGAUCCUCCCGUUGUUCCUCGCCCUCCACGCCCUCAUCGUGGGAGGGGCGAUCCCACACGCGAAAGGCGUUUCGAUCGGGGUAACAUUCAGAUGCAAAGCGAGACGGGGGAUGAUGACGCACAUGGUGAGGCACAUCUCCAUUCUCAAUCCUCACAUAGCAGUUCAUACCAUCCAUCUCCGGUGCACCAGCCAUAUGUUUACUCCACACCCGUCAGUCCAAACAUUCCUAUAUUCGGACAGCAUUCAUUCUCAAACAUCCAGGGCAGUUACCAUGAAACAUAUGAUCAUAGACCAACCACCUUUGAUUCACCGGUGGAUUGGAUGACCGACUUGUUUGGCCCCGAUACUAUAGGACCCAGCACCCAACCUACUGUUGAGGUAAGGCCAAGAUGGGAGUUUCGAGAUCCAGCAUCAGACGAAUCUGAGUAGAUAUCAGUUGUAAUAAGUGUUUGUCGUAUUAAAUCCAGACUA